AUGUGGAAGUUGUUGACAAUUUUGGUUGUGCUUGCUUUAGCUCUUGUAGCUCCUUCUGAGGAGGCUCGCUAUGGGCCUUGUGUCAUCGGGGCAAACUCUCCAUGCAACAGAAGACAAUGGGGCGACCAAGAUUCCUCUACCUUGAACAAUCCUCCGGCGGCCAGCCCUAAUCGGCCAAUUCAUAUUGUUGAUUAUACGGAUAAAUAUUAUUUUGAUAUUCCAGAGCUAGAACCACCAUUCUAUUUUUGA